GCGGCCUCUGGGGACAUUUUCUCCGGCGUCGGGGCCGCAGCGGAGACUUUAGCUUCUUCCGGUCGUCCAUGCUCCAGCCGCUGUCCCGCGGGGGGGAGGCCAGGAGGGGCCCUCAGCGCCUAGGCUGCUGUGUUGCUGAAAGCCAUAUCUAGUUGACCAUAUCUGAUCUUCCAGACCGCGUGCUCCAUGCUUUGAGACCAGGAGAACCUUGGCAUUCUGAAAUGAAGAUGGAGGCAGUGGGAAAAGCAGAAGAACUUCUCAAUUCGGAAGUUCCUCUAAAGGCUUCUAAGAAGCAGGAGACCACUCCUGAUGAAGACGGACCUAUAGAACUGGAGCCACAUCCUCAGAAGGACAGUGUACCUGCUGCGUCAGAUUCUGCAGUGCUCUCUUCAAUGCCUUGCUUGCUGAUGGAACUGAGGCGAGACUCCUUGGAGUCUCAGCUGGCAUCCACAGAGAGUGAUAAACCAACGGGUGGUCGAGUUUAUGAGAGUGACUCUUCUAACCACUGCAUGCUUUCCCCUUCUUCCAGUGGGCAUUUGGCUGACUCAGACACAUUGUCUUCCACAGAAGAGAAUGAGCCCUGUCAAGCUGAAGCUGCUGUUGAGGGAGACCCUUCAGGGGUGUCUGGGGCUGCAGUUGGGAGGAAAUCCAGGCGAUCCAGGUCUGAAAGCGAAACUUCAACAAUGGCUGCCAAGAAAAACCGACAGUCUAGCGAUAAGCAGAAUGGUCGAGUUACCAAGGUAAAAGGUCAUCGAAGCCAAAAGCACAAAGAAAGAAUCCGGCUGUUAAGACAGAAGCGGGAGGCAGCUGCUCGCAAGAAGUACAACCUGCUGCAGGACAGCAGUACCAGUGAUAGUGACCUGACAUGUGACUCGAGCACAAGUUCAUCAGAUGAUGAUGAAGAGGUUUCAGGGAGCAGCAAGACAAUCACUGCAGAGAUACCAGCUGGCUUCAGUCGUGCUGGGGGAUCUGGAGGAACGACCAGGGAAAUUCCAGGAUUGCUUGACAGGGGCACCGUAUGGGAUAGGAACUGCAUAGGCAAUGUCCUGGAAGAGGCCAUGAACUGCUUUGCCGAGAUGCAGAGGCAGACAGAGGAGAAAUUUCGCAUGUGGAUAGAAAAGCUAACCCGUCUUGACACAGAUGAAGAAAGCAAGCAACAACUGGAGCCCAGGGAACCUAAAAUGCAACUAGUUGGCCAAAGAGUCCCCCCUACCAAACAGUCAGGGGCAUUCAUACAGAUGCCUGAUAGCCAAGUACUUACACAGCAGUCGUUUAAUUCUUACAUGGGCUAUCAAAAUGUUGAUGCUAUGUUAGAGUUUCCAGCGACUUUUAAUAACAAUUUUCCAGCUAUCUUUCCAGAGAAUAGGAAUAUUGCAGAGCCUGAUCUGAAUCAAUCAUAAACUUAUAUAUAUAUAUAUAUAUAUAUAUAAAUCUCCUAUCUUUGCAAUCUUGUUACUUUGGGUUAUGCUAAAAACAAGGUUUGCUUUUCUCUUCAUAUAUAUUUGUUUUGUUUUUCUCUUCUGGGUUCGAUUACCAUGGUAUCUUUUUUAAUUUAUAGAGAAUAUAUAUGUCGUUUUAAAAAAUAUAUAUAUAUACCCAUGUGCAUCUGCCAGCACACACAUAAAACACCUGUAAAGGGAGGGGGGAGUGGGAAACACUGUAGGCUUUCAUCACCUGACUUGGGAAAAUAUAACUUAGAAUCCUUGUUUAAAUACCCCAAAAGGUAUUUAAGAGCUAUGUUUGUUACUACAGGAGCAUUCAGACUACUCAUCCAAAUGCUCUUUUUGCAUGUUAAAACAUUUAUAUAAGGAAAUAAGUUUUAUAUUUAAAGAUGAACCCUAGAGGUCCAGACAAGAUACAGACCCAUAACUUUUCCUUAACUCUCUGUUCAUUCCCAAGUUCUGCAGUUUGAACAUGGCACACAUUAGUUUUUCUUCUUUCUUUUUAGGUAGAAGUAAUAAAUGAGCUUGUCCUAAAGAUUUAGCUAUAUAUAACCAAUGUGCACAACUGAUUUUUUUUGUCUCCCAUUUAGUAGUUCAUUUUCUGUCCAGAGUUCUUAUUAAUGUCACUGCUGUCUUGCAUAUGGCAUACUUAUGGAAGCAGCUGUCUUACACUAUGUGCACAAAUAAGCACAUGUAUACAUAUAUAUGUGUUCAGUUUGGGUGGAAAUAAUCUCUUCUAAUUUUAGGUGUCUAGUUUGCUGUUCUGCAGAUCUCUGGAAAGAGAAGAACCUAUAGAGGAUAUCUCCUGGUGGCGUCUUUCUCUUCCAUCAGUUGUCUGAACUCCCCUUCUAAAUAGUUUAGAUGAGAUAACUUUAGCUAAAGUUAGGCGAGAUUAAUCAUACCCAGAGGAUGUGUGCGCAUGCAUGACCUGUGCAUACAAAGCACUGCUGCUUCCUUAUAUAUAUAUAUAUGAUCAAACUGUAUUCUUCGUGCUGGGAUAAAAAUAGUGGUGUCAGUCCUAAGAUAAGCAGCCGUCGCUAGAUGGAUUGUUUCUUCGCACAGUAAUUCAAACAAAGGUUUGACAGGCAGAUUAGCAAGCACUGUGGUGGUCAGGAGGUAUGGUUUGCUGCUCUUGGUCAGGCAGCGAGAGCUUCUUCUGAACCACAUUGGAAUGCCUCUGAAAUCAUUAUUUACUCGUGACUGGGAAUGCCAGAUAAUUAGUUUCAUUUAAAUAAUGCAAGAACUUGCUAUUGUGUGGAUUUUUUUAUACUAAUAGUUAUCCUGAAUAGGCAGGCUUGAAACUGUGAUGUUUAAAGUAUUCAUUUAAAAUGUAUAUUAGAAACCUCUAUUUAAUUCUUACUAUUUGCUACUACGCACAGGGAUUUUUGUUCACCUCUCCAGUAAGGCCUUUCUUUGUGUGAAGUAACUUCUCCAUAGCUACCAAAAAUGUAUACUUCUCAUCAGCUAGAACUUGUUAAAAGUUUCUAAUGCAAAUAAAAUCAAAAUUUUAAUAAUGGAAAUUGAAAUUCUUUGCAUAGGCAUAGUUUAAGUAAAGAGAACACUAUAGGUAUCUUUUGGCUCUGCUAUUUUGUCUUUUAAACAUCGGUCACUUCUGUUUCUUUUCUAAUUAUUUUAGUCAAAUUCAUUCUCUUUCUUUUAGAAGUAACCACUGUAUCUUCUGUAGGUUUAACUUCUUCCUUCCUGAAGUCAGUGGGAGAUUUUCCAUCAAUUUGUGGCUUUUAGAUCAAACCUGUAACAGGAAUACAAUAAAUGUUUUUAUUCUCGGUAUAAUACUAUUACUGGUGUUUUAACGUUAUUCUUGGCUCAGACUUUUUUUAAAAUUUGUGAUGCCUUCAUUAAAGAAAAAGAGGUUAGAGAGUAACUGUUUGAAAGACUAUGCAGGAGAAAAUUUUUAAGAACUGGAAUAAAAUCUAUACAGAUCAUAUCACCUUCAUGCUUAAUUUUGAUGCAAAGAUUUUGAUAUGAAGUUACAAGAUGACUCCCUCAUCUGAAUUUAUCUGUAUUUUUAACUUAACUUUAAAUGAGUUAUGUUUAAUUAUAAUUUAAUAACCUUAUCUGCUUAAAAUGUAAGGUCAUUCAGGGAAGAUAAUUUGCUGAUAUGAAAAAAAAUCCUUCUGUUGUUCAUAGAUUUGAUAUAUAUACCUUGAUGAUAAGAGCAGCAUAUUUUAAAGCAUGACAACUUUACAAAACCUUCCCAUGCAUGCAGAAGCAGCUUUUUGCAGUGACUGGUUUCUUUUAAUGUGUAGGCAUCACUUAACUCAGUAUGUCUGUAAGCAUGCUCUUAGCCUUUUUUUAUAAAACAGUUUAUAUGGAACAAUUAGGUAUUUCAAAACAAAUUGUGUAAGGGGAUCAGUUGAACUUAUUUUUCUCUCAGACUUAAACUGACUUUUAUGUACUGAUCUCAUAAAUGGAUAACAACUUUGGGGAUCUAGCCAGUGAAAUUUGUGCCAACCUUCAAUGUCUUGGUUAGGUAAUCUUUUUUUUUUUUCUUUUCUUUAAAAACAAAACAAUAACAAAGCAGAAUUGAAAUAAUUUAGUGAAUUCAUAGAUAAUUUGCAUUUGGUUACUGUAGGUAAAAAUAAAAAAUCUCCAACACUUUUAUCCAUGAUUAUUUUAUUUUUUUAAUACAAACAACUAUAAAUGUGAAAGAACAAGCAGACAAAGUUGUAAUAAUAUUAGGGUCAAUUUAUUGAAAGGCAUCCAGAAGGCUGAGGGGAUAGUUUAUCUGAGAUGUAAUUUGAACUCAUUUUCCCCAUGAAAGCUGCCUAGUGUUAAAAAUACAGCCAUUGCUCUUGCACAGGCAAAUGAUUUUGGAAAUGGUAAAUAUUUUGUUCGCUUGCUCUUUUCACUUGCCCCAAAGCUGGAGCCAGAGCUUCAGCUGUUGUAACUCAGCUCCUGUGAGGUGGAAGUAUGUGUCGGCGGACAUGGGUGAAUAUCUGCUCCCUCGGCAUGUGUCCCCUGUAUGGGAGUAUGCAUCUCCUUCCAGAUGACAGGGGACCCCCACGUUUUCUGUUCAGGGUGCUGUGACCCCCCUGAGGACGGUAGUUGCAGGUUUAGCAGGAGCAUCUGAGUGCUUUGUAGCGUGGGUUUGAGGGAUGCAGGCAGGCAGCCUCCUGACACCAUGCUGCAAGGAGUCUGGACUUCACAGGUGUCUCCUUGAGCAGGCAGACUUCUGGGCUCCUGAUAGGUAACUUCAGAGAUUUUUAUUUCCUGGAAAAAAAUGAAGUAUUUUUGCUGUAGUAUCUGACUACAGUUGAGUUUGCUGGUUUCCAUUAUAAGUUCAUUUUCGAAGGGCUUAGACUAGAAACUUUCAGGGGGUUAGAAUUUCUUCAGCUGAAAUUUUAACAUAAAUUUUAAUCUCAUCCAUUUAGUACUGCAUUAAAGUAGUCCACCCUUAUUUAACUGUAUCAAGAGGAAACUCUUUUGCUUUUGAACCUGGAGAUAGAUUUUUGAAUGUAUGUUUUUGCUCACAUCUCAAAAAAUUGCUUCAAAACAAUUGAUUUUAACAUGUAGAGGAGAAAUCAAUAGGACUUUUUGCACAGGUAUGGAGAAUCACAGAUGAUGAUUUGGAGUUUGUAUAAUUUUCCUAAGAUUUAUACUUCAGAAAGGAUUAAAGACGUGUUCUGAUUUCUUAAGUAAAUAAUUAUUUGUGGUCUUAUGUUUUUGAAAGAGUAGAUGUGUCAAUUCAGAUCAGCUGGCGUAGACUGGGAUAACUCCCGUGUAAAUGGUGCCAAUGUAAAUCCAGCUGGCCUAUUCAGGUUUCUACAUUGCCAUUUUUAAUAUUGAAUUAUGUUUUCAAUGUGGCAAAAGUUUCUGCAUGGGAGUAAUUGAACACCCGUUCAAUUGACUGCAGAGUCAGGAUUUAGUAGGAGGUGAAACAUAGCUACUUCAUUAAUGUUUUUAUAAAGGUGCAAAUGAGCCUUUAUAGAAAGGCUUAACUGAAAUGUCACAAAAUGUCAAACUGCUGAUUCAAUGAAUGAAACAUUACAGGAUCUGCUCCUAGGGUGGGACCCAACGCAGAAGCCCCUGGAGGUCUGGGGGGCCAAGCACUCGUGCCCCUUCUGCCCUUGAGAGGGCUUUGAGAGCUACAGGCAAUCCCGAAGUUUGGCACAUAUCAUUUUAGCUGAGAGUCAGGGGCUUUACUUCACAUGCUUCUAACAAAGUAAGUGAAUUUUCAGGGCUUAUUUAGGGGAAAAAAAUCAAGUAGCACACAGCAUAAAACAAAUUCAAGUCGAGGCAGUGAGCCUUAAAAUAGUCUAUUGGAAAAGUAACUAAAUUGGAAAAAAA